AUGGCGGCUGGACCGCGUGCCGAGGCAAGGUCUCUGGCCGACAUCAACUACAUCGCUGCAAAUCCUCCGCAAUAUCCCCACCAUCCCGAAGUCAAAGAAUCCCUCACGCUGUACAUCUCCAGAGUCCCCGGUACACAAGGUGAAGACAUAGCGAAUUCUCUCUAUUACAUCCACAUGGAGCGACCAGAGGAUAUGCCACCACCCAUGCCACCACGACCAAAGAGUAAUGUGUUGAGUUCUACGAGGUCCAGUGGGGAGAGUGCUAGGAGCACGAUUCCGAGGAAGCCGUUGCCUACAUCCGCGAGAGUUCUGAGGCCGGAAAGCUUGUCGUCAACGGGGGAACCAGGUCCGGUUCCAGUGCUCUCACCAACCCCAACUCCCCAUAUCCCUCAGUACAAGCCUUACCGACCAGAGACUGGCCCAUCUCCAAUAUCAGAAAACCAAAAUCCCGCCGACAAGUCACUCGAUUCAUAUAGGCCAAACCCCAUGUUCCAAAAACGCCUAUCGGGGGGCUCGCCUGAGCCGCCCCCGCCCCCUCCUCACUUGACGACAGUGCCUUCAUCCUUACCACUAGCGGGUCUCGAUCAUAAUGAAGAUAAUGUUGCACCUCCACUUUACUCUUCAAGUGCAGCCCGACCAAGCACACCGAGUCAACCUCCUGCACAGCAACCUCCGCAGCGAGUGGCAUCUCCCUUGUCGUAUAGCCAAGGACAACAUCCCACGUCACCUAGGCACAUGCAUCGGCGACCUUCUUCGGUUUCUUUUUAUCUGACCAUAAUUCGCAGAGAUCCGAGUUCUGGAUCCCAGGUCAAUGUAGGACGGGUGUCGUCUUUUGCCACCAAUAUUCCCCCACCGUCGCAGGCAGACCCGAGCCUCAACCCAGAGGACAUGGGGCCCGGGUGGAAGUCUCAAAAAAUUGAUAUUCGCAUUGACACUUCGGGAUAUGCAAAGUACAAAGGGAUGCCCAGCCGGGCUGCUGCCGAAACCCAGGCUCUCCAGGCACUCACUUCAACGGGCCAGCCGCAUUCGUUCUCACAUAUGAUGCAGAGUGGACAGAGAGCGCGCAGUGACAGUGGUGCGCGGGGGAUGGCUCCUCCCCCCCAAGACGGAUUUCACAGACAGGUUGUCAUGGCUUAUGGAGCUGGUUGGAAAGUGGGCUUUAAAAAGGCGUUCCACCGACGAGAGAGGCGGGAGAGCAUUAGCCCAGAGGGCGUGCAGUCGUCCGAAGAGCCCAGCGCACCCAAGGCAUCCCAUACCAGGCAGGGGAGCUCCUCCACGAUUGGAUCCAAUCACUCUGGGUCGGGCGAGGAGCAGGGCGGGAUCAUCACUCACCCUGGACCAGGGUUGCGGCCCAAAGGAUACACCUUUCUGUCACCGUGGGAAGGGCGCUGUGAGUUCCGCACCAGCACCAGCGGGCGCUCCCUCAAGCUCCGCCAUGUGCUCGACUCUACCACCAAGUUCCAGUUCGAUCCUCGGGAGGUGGCGCAGAGCAUCCAAAACGCACAGGCAAUGGGCCGGUCGAGGGGCGAUGAGCUCCAGGCUGCCCUUUUGGGCACGAAACCGGUUAGUGAGUUGAGGUUCAACCUGCCUAGCGGGGGCGACUUCUUUGGGGCUCGUCGAAAUGAUGCCGACAAGGACAACCGGGCAAGCCGACUGUCGAAACAGUUUAGCAGUCUACUGCACCAUCGAAAUACAAGGAGCAGCGACGAGGAUGAAUGGAGUGAUGAGGAUGAGAUGGAUCUUAGCCUUGGCAAAGAGAACGCUGGAGGUGGGAGCAGUGGUAAGAAGGUCAAGCUUGGGAAGCUGAUUAUCCAUGAUGAAGGGCUCAAGAUGCUGGAUCUGGUGGUGGCAGCCAACAUGGGGGUGUGGUGGACAACGUGGGGCAAGAUUGAUCAAUAA